GGCCACCGCGAAAGCGUGAUUAGGCCGGGGGGAGGAGGUAAACAACAGAAGCCGCGAAAAGGAGAUAGAAAAAGAGAAUAAAAGAGAGAGAGGGAGGAGAGGAUAAAGCAAACGAGGCCUCGCCGGCUCGCCUCGCAUCAGAAAAUUCGUUUCCCCAUUACGCGAUUUGUUUAGUAAUUCCUUCGCUUCUUCCUCGUCCCUGUGCUGUGCCCUCUCUCUGCUGCUGCCGCCUCUCCCUUCCACCACACACUGCGACGAGGCGAGAGGAGAGAAGAGGAGGAGGAAGAAAGAGGGAGAAAAAAAAACCUAAGCGCCUUUCCGUUUCGGGAAAUUCCCGGCCGCGGCGGUAGCGCCGCCCCGCCGCGGAUUCGCCGUCUCAGGCGGUGCGCGCCGGAGUCCUCGCGGCCUCGUCUCGGUAACCUAUCGCGCGAGGGGUCGUCGUCGCUCGCGGAUGGGCUUGUGGCGCUGAGAUGGUCGACGGGCGCUUGUGGUGGGGCUGGGUGUGUUCGCCGUGAGGUAUGUCUCCCAACCACUGAAUCGGGGGGCGUGAAGGAUGCUCCGGCGAGGCGUGAUCUCAUUGCGAGCUGGAUGGCUGGGACGCAUGGUUUUCGUAGGGUAGGUGUGGUGGAGAUGGAAGCGGCAGCGGCGGCUGAGGUUGCCGGUGCGGGCAGCGGCACCGACGGUGAUGUGCAGAUUAAAGGCAGCAAGGAGAAUGGGCAGCCUGCGGAGCAGCCGGUGGCCAGCGAGGCGCUUGAGAUGCCCUCCACUCCACUGCCGCUCCCGAGGGACAUAGAUUGGUCGGAGCAUUUCUCCUUCUUCAAUUCCGCGGGUGGGUUUGGGAGCAGCACGGAUGGUGCAAGGGGCUUGACUAGUGUUGGUAUAUCUAAUUCUGAGUCGAGGCCAGACAGCGUAACCCAGAGCUGUUUGAACAAUGCAGACGAGAGGGUCGAGGAGCUCACAUUGAAAAAUUGCAUCAGCACUGAUGUGAAACCUGAGGUUUCAGUUGGUGGAAGUACAAGCAGUGGGGAGAAGCCUACAGUUAUGAGGGGUCUGUGGGGUAAUUUUACGAGGAUGGCUUGGAGAGCUAACGAUGUGACCAGCAAGGAAAAGUUAGCAGCGAGUCGUGGCGAUGUUGCAAACUUGAGGAUUGGUGACAUGCCCAGCAGAGAAAAUUUGGCGGUGAGCUUUGGCAAUAAUAUGAUCUCACGUGGUAGUGAUGCAUCUAGCAAGGAAAUGACAAUAAGCCAUGGGGACAAUGUGAAUAACGAGUUCAAUUUGCCAUUUGGUAAUCAACAGCCUUUUCCGUCUCCACGGCCUAAUCAGACUGAGCAGCUAGUGGAGAGGGAGAAUGCUCUCAUAGUGAGCAGCUUUUCAACUAGAAUUCUUGAUCAGAUGAGGAGUAAGGCUGCAACACCUUCAUCUGGAGUUCAGGGCUUCCCAUUUAAGACUGCGUUGAAGGGUAAAGGUGUUGUAUAUCAAGGCACACGAGAGGAGAUCCAAGUUCAAGCUAAUGCUAGGCCCAGAGUCCCUAUGGAUAAGAUUCGUAAGAUGCCUAACAUACCACAGGAUUCCAUGGCUAGAGUGGAUUGUACAUUUUAUGGUAGUGGUGGAAAUGUUUUAGAACCACAGUGCGAGGGAACCAGCCUGAGGGAACUAAUUAAGCCUGCACGUCAAACAAUGAGCAAGUUUGAGAAAAUGCAUUUAUUUAAUCAGAUCCUUGACCUUGUAGACAAAUCUCAUACACAGGGUUUUGCUUUACAUAAUUUGCGCCCGUCGUACUUUACAAUUUCAUCAUCAAACCAAGUAAAAUAUAUUGGUUCUUAUGGUACUCAAGAUUUACCAGCCCCAGGCAAACUGGAUAUUGCAAAAGAUGACAUUUUCAAUAGAAAAAGAUGCUUUGAUCCUAAAAUCGAGUCCCAAGAAUCUAAUGGCGAUAAUGCUUCAGUCAUAAAAUAUCAAAAACUUGGUGAACAAGGAUCCAUUGCUUUAAGGCGACCGGUGAAUACUUUUUGGGCUAAUCACAGAGGGGGCAACCAAAAUGAAGGUGUUGAUCCCGGUGCUUUGUGGCAGGGCAAUUCUAGCUGCACUGUCAGAGAACGCUUUAAGGCCGCAGAACAUUUCUAUGGCAGCAGUAUGCCUUACACUCAACGAUUGUCAAAUUCUGGCAACCAACAGUCGGUAUUUGAAUUGAGGAUGCUGGAGGAAAGUUGGUACAGAAGUCCAGAAGAGAUCAGUCAGUUGAAAGGCAUACUACCAUCAAACAUCUACAGCCUUGGGGUUCUUCUGUUUGAGCUCUUUUGCUGCUGCGAGACAUGGGAGGUGCAUUGUGCUGCAAUGUCAGAUCUGCGCCAUCGGAUUUUGCCUCCGCAUUUUCUUUCCGUAAGUCCCAAAGAAGCUGGUUUCUGCCUUUGGUUACUACAUCCAGAUCCUUGUUCUCGGCCUAAGGCAAGAGACAUUCUAGGAUGCGACUUGAUAAAUGAGGGUCGAGAUUUGUCCCUGUUAGAUAAAACACCAGAUGCUGUAAAUGAAGAGGACACGGAAUCUGGUUUGCUACUUGGCUUCCUUUCUCAACUGAAGGAAGAAAAAGAGAUGCACACUGCCAAAUUGUCAGCUGAACUGGCAAGCUUAGAAACAGAUAUUGCAGAGGUUGAGAGAAGACACUCAAUGAGGAUGGGAUUUAACUUAGAGGACAUGGAUGUACUGGCAGGUUCUAAUGAUUUCUCAGGAGCUUGUGCAUAUGCCCCUGAAGGUGCACCAUUCUCAGGUUUGCCACCAUUAUUGUGCAGAUCAAGCAUAUAUGAGGAGCGGGUCAUGAGAAAUUUGGAGCAGCUUGAGAAUGCAUACUACUCCAUGAGGUCCACCAUUGAGACAUCUGAGGCCAAUAUAAUUAAACGCUCAGACAAUGAUGCUUUAAGGGUUCGUCAAAACUUUCACCAACUGAAUAGUGAUGCUAAUGCUAUCAAUGAGCAAACAGACCCACUUGGAUGCUUUUUUGAUGGUUUGUGCAAAUAUGCCCGGUAUAGUAGGUUUGAAGUACGGGGAAUUCUCAAGAAUGCAGAUAUACUGAACUCACCAAAUGUGAUUUGUUCACUGAGUUUUGAUCGGGAUGAAGAAUAUUUUGCUGCUGCUGGGGUUUCAAAGAAAAUCAAAAUAUUUGAAUUUGAUGCCCUUUUAAAUGAUCGUGUUGAUAUUCAUUACCCACUGAUAGAAAUGCCUAGCAAGUCCAAGCUUAGCUGCGUCUGUUGGAACAGCUAUAUAAAAAAUUACUUGGCAUCAACAGACUACGAUGGCACUGUUCAGUUGUGGGAUGCAAGCUCGGGUCAAGGAUUCACGCAGUUUACAGAGCACAGAAAAAGAGCUUGGUCUGUGAGUUUCUCAGAGGUGGAUCCUACCAAAUUGGCAAGUGGAAGUGAUGAUUGCUGUGUGAAAGUCUGGAGUAUUAACCAGAAAAAUUGCACUGAUACCAUCAGAAAUGUGGCCAACGUGUGCUGUGUACAGUUCUCCCCAUACUCCUCUCGUAUGUUAGCUUUUGGCUCAGCUGACUACAAAAUAUACUGUUAUGAUCUGAGGAAUACAAGAAUCCCAUGGUGUACUAUCUCUGGGCAUGGAAAAGCUGUCAGCUAUGUACGAUUCUUGGAUCCAGAAACACUUAUCUCUGCGUCAACUGAUAACACCUUGAAAAUAUGGGAUCUCAACCGGACUAAUUCCAGCGGAUUAUCUACUGAUGCCUGCAGUAUGACGUUGAGUGGCCAUACCAAUGAGAAGAAUUUUGUUGGGUUAUCUGUUCACGAUGGAUACAUAACUUGUGGUUCUGAAAACAAUGAAGUAUUUUCUUAUUACAAAAACUUUCCCAUGCCAAUAACUUCUCACAAGUUCGGUUCAAUCGACCCAAUAACUGGACAAGAGACAAAUGAUGAUAAUCAGCAAUUUGUGUCGAGUGUUUGCUGGCGAGGGAGGUCGAACAUGGUAGUGGCUGCCAACUCGACUGGCAGCAUUAAAGUGCUUGAGCUUGUGUGAAUAAGUUUGAUGGGAGCUUUAGUGAAUGGGAAGAUCUGAAUCCUAAGGUUGCCAUACUGUUGUGUUGAUGCUUAGCUGCCCCUGCCCUUGUAUAUUUCCGUCAAUGCCUACCUGCGCAGCGAGCAAUAGCUCAAGCAUCGACCAUCCUUCAGCUCUGGGUUUCAUUCGAUCAAAGCAUUUGCAACACGCAGUGUACCCCAUUCAAAGCAACCUACAGCUCCAACUAUUGGUGGUGAGUAUUUGCUUGAUCUGCCUACCAGAGAGAUCGGCCAAGGUAUGGAAGGUAUCUUCAGUUCUGGGAGACGAUUGCCACCAUCAAAAUAUUUGGUUUGUAUGGCGUUUUGACACAGUACAAACCAUCAUCUUAAGGAUGUACUUAGGGGUCUGUACAGAUUAGGGGCACCAAGGGUCCAUGUAAUAUAUGUACGAGUAUAUCUUGAAACCGGUUUUUUGGGCUAAAAAGGCUUACAUGACACGUACUCGAUCAAUAUCACUGGGAAUUAACUCAGUUUCGAUGUGCAGUGACUUAUACCUUUCUAGUACAGUUGUUAGGGUAAACAAAGGGGAAGAAAGAAAAAUAUGAUUUUGUAGUUUGAGAGAGUUAAUCUAGAGAAGAUGGAUUUGUAGUUUGAAAAAGGUUAAUCUUGCAUUUGUUCCCCGCAACAUAUCUUUGCAUUUGUGUGUAAAUGAUGCAACGAGGGUUCCCCUCGCUGAUUCUCUGGUUACGCGUCGGUGCCGGUGAUCAUGAUAAUUUCGUUAUGAGCUGCUUUUUGAAUUUAUUCCUGAUGAACUUCAUGCUCGGAGUCUCUGACAUCUGAAAGUAAAAAAAGCAUUCUUCACAGGAAGAAGAGAACCUGUUUACAGACCAGGACUCCUCUUAUCUGAACCUUAUUGACAGCCAAAGAUAGCAACAGCACAAGGGGUUUGCACUGAAUGUCUGCUGCGAACUUGUGAUCCCCUACACACUUGCCAAUAUUAGGGAAGAGAGACAAGAGCCAAGAGCAAAAAUAGGCAAAACAAAACUGCCAUGGAUUCCAGCUCCAUUGUUUGCCUUAACUCUUCCUCCCAUGCUGACCUUGCCCCCUCCCUGCGUCUCCCCCUUGCACCAUUACAAUCUUUUCUUCCAUCGCAGGAAGGGAAGGCGAGGUUCUGGCAUAGGGAGAGCCUGGGGCAGAGAGAGGAAGGAGCUACUCGGCCGGUCAAUGGCGAGCAAGAUUCAGUACGCCUUCUUGCUCCUCUCGGCCGUCAUGGCCUCCCUCUUCGCCGGCUCGGCCGCCGGAGUUUACCACAUCGUCGGCGCCGGCAAGGGGUGGCGGAUGGCUCCCAACAAGACAUACUACGAGGACUGGGCUCGCACCAGGAACAUCAGCAUCGGCGACAAGCUCAUGUUUCUGUACCGGAGUGGGGUGUACAACAUCGUGGAGGUGCCGACCAAGGAGCAGUUCGACAAGUGCAGCAUGAAGAACAUCACCAACCGGUGGCAGAACGGGCCGACCAUCAUCGAGCUCACCCAGCCGGGCCCGCUCUACUACUUCUGCGGCGUCGGCAAGCACUGCGAGGAAGGCCAGAAGCUGGCCAUCAACGUCUCCGCCUUCGAGCCGCCGCCGCCCGACGACGACGAGGACAGCGCCAGCUCGGCGCCCACGCCGGCCGCCGCCGCCGACCUGCUCGUCUACCUCGCCGGCCUCGCCGCGUGC